AUGACAUUGUCAAGGAGGAGUACCUUGUUGUCAUCUCUUCUCAUCACCAUUUUAUUAUCCAUCACCCUCUCUUCUUGUCUAUUAUUUCAUCAUCCUCACGAUAAUGCACAUAACAACCAUUUCAUAAUAGGCCAAGUACAUGCUCAAAGCAAUGUGAAUUCUAAUACUUUCAUUGACAAGUAUUUGAUUCCUCGCCCAAAAGAAGUCACAUGGGAAGAGACAGCAACUAAAUUAUUGAGUUUUUAUAAAUUAAAUUUUGCACUUUAUGUGAAAGGAUCCAAAGUUGAUAGAACACAAUUUCCAAUGGUGGACAUGGCUUUGAAACGAUAUGAAGCAUGGAUGUUUAAAUUAUUUGAAACAAAAGGCAAUUCCAAAUAUUAUGAUUCCGAUUUUACAUUUUACAAUGAUGAUGUUGUGAUACAAAUUACAGAAGAUGUGACAUAUCCUGUUUUAGACGUUUUGAAUAUUGACGAGUCGUAUGAAUUGACAAUUCGAACAAGAGGAAUUGUGAUAAAAUCAACCUCUCAAUUUGGUUUUUUGAGAGCAUUGGAAACGUUUUCACAAAUGAUUAGAAGAAAUAUCAAUGACCAAUUUUUCUACAUUCCAAACUCUCCAAUCUAUAUCAAAGACUCUCCUAGAUUUAAAUAUCGAGGUUUAAUGAUUGAUGUUGCUAGAAAUUUUAUUUAUCCAAAUACCAUCCAGAAACUUAUUGACCUCAUGUCAUUUGACAAGUUAAACGUGUUACAUAUUCACUUUACAGAUGCUCAAUCCUUUCCCUAUCAAAUGUAUGGAACCUUUUCUGAUUUGAGUGACAAGGGAAGUUUCUCAAAAGAAUUAGUUUAUUCCAAAGAAGUGAUUGCUUCACUCAUUGAAUAUGCUUAUUUUAGAGGUAUUCAAAUAAUUCCAGAAUUUGACAUGCCAGGUCAUACCAAAUCCUUUGCAUUUGCAUAUCCAGAAGUGGUGUCUUCGUGUCCAAAGAAACUUGCAGCAAAUGUGAACAAUUAUCCAUUGAAUGUUGCAGAAUCAACGACCUAUGAUAUUGUUGAAGCAAUUUUGGGACAAUGGCAAUCCAAAGACACUUUGAUGGAAAAGACCAAAAUUUCAAAUGCCAUUCCUCUUUCAAUCAUGCAUUUAGGUGGAGACGAAGUUACAAGAUCAUGUUGGACCGAUGAGAAUCCAAUUAUUUUCAACUAUUUCAAUGCCAUGCAAAAUCAAACAAAAUUUGGCAAGAUUCAAAAUGGUUAUGACAUUUGGGGUUAUUUCCAAGCCAUGAUUGCAUCCAAACCAAAUUAUCAAAAAUUAAGUACUACUAUUUUCUGGGAAGAUUUAUUCUUAAGAAUGGCCCAAUAUUCCACACUAUUCAAACCAGAUCCUUCAAAAUCGAUUUGUCAAAUUUGGAGAGAUCCUGCAAAUAUUCGUGAUUGUGUCUCUAAAGGUUACAAAACUAUUCUCUCUGCAGGAUAUUAUUUGGAUAUGAUUAAUAAUUUUGUUGGAUUUUCACCAAGUCCAAAUCCACCUCCCUAUACGUUUGUCGAUACUUGGAAAACCAUGUAUUUGAUUGAUCCUUUUGAUCAAUUUGUGAAUGUAUCAUCUUCUUUGGAUUAUGUAAAUUCAAUUUUAGGAUUAGAAGCAGCAAUGUGGGGUGAGAAUGUUCAUGAUGAAACACUCAUUUCAACCAUUUAUCCAAGAUUAACAGCAUUUGCUGAGAGAGCAUGGAGUGAUCGAUCUGUCAAUGAUCUUACAGAUGCAACUACUCGAUUAGUGAACCAUCGAUGUCACACUCAAAUCAAAAGAGGAUUUAAAGACAUUCCUCCUAUCAAACCAAUUUAUUGCUCUUUCCAAUAUAUGACUGAAGAAUUACACGAGGAAAUUACAUGGCCCUAUGGAGCAGCCAUUGCCAUGUUUUGCAUUAAUGCAGUUUUGGUUUCAAUAAUAGUAAUUAUGAUUAUUUCUGUGUGUAGUGUAUAUAAGAAAUAUUCGUCUUUGAAGAAGGCAUACCGAAAUGAUAUUGCCAUGUCUGAGGACAAGUUGACCAAUUAUUAUGCACGUGAGGAUUGA